GCCAGCCAGCUAUUGCCUCCCGCCCUCCCACCCCUACAUCCACCUCCUACACCCACCAAUGUCAUUGUCACCAGCAGGUUUAAGUUACAGCUUGUGAACGGUCAAGUAGUGAAAGGUGAAUUGGAAUUUCCUCAGAAGAACAAUGCUGUCUGCCUGGACCUGCUUCCACAUCCGAAGAACCAUGUACACCAGGGAUCAUGCUAAUAAUUUCAGACUGCUGCAGAGGUUGUCUUCUGUUGUGACCUCAACUGCGAGCCGCUCCUAUGCAAGUCACACAGAUGUGGGUAAUAAAGCUGUGCUAGUCACAGGAUGUGAUUCAGGAUUUGGAUUUUCAUUCGCUAAGCACCUACACAGCAAAGGUUUAACUGUGUUUGCUGGAUGUCUGUUCAAGGACAAGGGAGAUGCCGGUGUACAGCAGCUGGACAGUAUGAAGAGUGAUAGGAUGAAAACCAUACAGUUGAAUGUUGUGAAGCAGGAAGAGGUGGACAAGGCUGUGGAAACUAUAAGAGAAAAUUUGAAAGAUCCUGAAAAGGGAUUAUGGGGUGUUGUUAACAAUGCUGGAAUAUCUACGUUUGGAGAAGUGGAGUUCACCAGUAUGGAGACGUACAAGGAAGUUGCCGAAGUGAAUCUGUGGGGUACUGUUCGGGUUACUAAGGCCUGUCUUCCCCUCAUACGCAGGGCUAAAGGCCGUGUUGUGAAUGUUAGCAGUAUGUUGGGUCGCAUGGCAAACCCCGCUCGUUCCCCUUACUGUAUUACCAAGUUUGGGGUGGAAGCGUUCUCUGAUUGUUUGCGCUAUGAGAUGCACUCGCAGGGCGUGAAGGUCAGUGUAGUUGAACCUGGAAAUUUCAUCGCCGCCACCAGCUUGUACAGUCCAGAAAGAAUAAAAGCUAUUGGAGAUAGAAUGUGGGCUGAAUUGCCGGAAAUUGUGAAGAAGGAUUAUGGAAGGGAGUACUUUGAUGAAAAAAUUGCCAGGAUGAACACAUACUGCAAUAGCGGGUCAACGGAUACAUCGCCUGUUGUUGAUGCCAUCACCCAUGCUCUGACUGCUGCAACGCCAUACACUCGCUAUCACCCCAUGGAUUACUACUGGUGGCUCAGGAUGCAAUGCAUGACACACCUGCCUGGUGCCAUAUCUGAUAAAAUUUAUAUCCAUUAGGGAUCAUGUCUUGAUUGACAAUGUAAUCCAUACUUGCCUACCUGACCCUCUCCAUGAGGGAGGAAAUGCUCUGUUCCUGGACUUUCCUGGUAAUGUAUGAUUGCCAUCACCUGUGGUGAAACACCUUU